CUCAUAGUAAAGUGCUUAAUAGAUGGGAGUCAUUGAAAUGUUUGCCACCAUCCCCGUCAUCAUUAUUGAUGCUGUUGAUGAAAAGUUGGGAGUCGCUCUCUGCAGUUAAGAGAAAGGGUAAUGACACUCUUCUCUCUGGGGACAGAACUGCCCCGCCCUCCAUCUGUGUGGUUUGAAGCAGAAUUUUUCCACCACACACUCCACUGGAUGCCCAUCCCGAACCAGUCUGAAAGCACCCUCUAUGAAGUGGAGCUCUUGCGGUAUGGAACGGAGGCCUGGACGUCCAUUCCCAGCUGCAGCCGGACCCUGGUGCUGUCCUGCGAUCUCACCGUGGCGACCCUCGACCUGUACCACAGCAGUGGUUACCGAGCUAAAGUCCGGGCAGCAGACGGAAGCCAGUACUCCAACUGGACCACCACCCAAACCCGCUUCUCCGUGGAUGAAGUGACUCUGACAGUUGGUAGUGUGACGCUUAAGAAGCACAACGGUUUCCUCCUUGGGACAAUCCAGCCCCCCAGGCCCAAGGUGGCCCCUGCAGGCGACACAUAUGAAAGCAUCUUCCCAAACUUCCGGGAGUACGAGAUUGCAGUUCGCAAGGUGCCAGGAAACUAUACGUCCCCAAACAAGAAGGUAAAACAUGAAAACUUCAGCCUCCCAGUGCCUGGAGAGGAGGGAGAGUUCUGUGUCAAGGUGAGACCGUCCGUCGGCUCCCGACUGAACAAGGGACUGUGGUCCCAGGAGGAGUGCUGCGUGCUCACCCCACAGUAUUUCACUGUGACCAACCUCAGCAUCUUCUUCGCCUCCGUCCUGCUGCUCAGCGGAGCCCUGGCCUACUGCCUGGCCCUCCAGCUGUACGUGCGGCGCCAGGGGAAGCUGCCCGCGGUCCUGGUCUUCAAGGAGCCCAGUCCCUUCAGCCUCAUCAGCCAGCUUCCCUGGCCAGAGGCCAGAGACGCCAUCCAUGCCCUGGAUGAGGAGGCCCUCCCCAAAGUGUUCCCAGAGCUGAGGAACUCGGAACUGCAUGGCAGCACUGACAGUGGCUUUGGCAGCGCCAAGCCAUCCCUGCAGACCGAAGAGCCCCAGUUCCUCCUCCCUGCCCCCCAGCCCCAGGCCAGGGGGACCCUGAGGCAGGGGGCAGCCCUGGGGCUGGAGAGCAGCAGCGACAGCACGGACAGCGGGAUCUGCUUGCAGGAGCCCAGCCUGAGUCCCGGCCCGGGGCCCGGCUGGGAGCAGCAGGAGGGGAGCAACAGCCAGGGCCAGGACGACAGUGGCAUCGGCCUAGCCCAGAACUCCGAGGGGCAGCCUGAGGACACACAGGGUGGCUCAGCCUUGGGCCACGUCAACCCCCCAGGACUGGAAGGGCCUGGGGAAGAAGACCCAGCCGUGGUGGCAUUCCAGGGCUACCUGAAGCAGACCCGAUGCACAGAUGCACUGGAGGAAGACUUCUCCCUAGCAGAUGGCCUUGGCCCCAAAUUCAGGACGUGCCUGGAUGCCGAGGCAGGGUGGCCUCCACCAGCCCCGGCAAAGGGCUAUUUGAAACAGGACCCCCCAGGAACGACUCUCACCCCCUCAGGGGCCCCAGCGGGACAGUGGAACCAACCAGCCAAGGAGUGGCCGCUCCUGGGCUUUCCCAGCAGCGGCGACCUGGGAGCAUCUGACUGGAGCUUUGCCCAGGAUUUUGGCGCUCUGGACUGUGGGGCAGCCCCAGGUGGUCUCCUGGGCAGUUUUGACUCAGACCUGGUCACCCUGCCAUUGAUCUCCAGUCUGAACUCGAAUGAGUGACUCAGGCCAAGGGACCACUUACGAUCUCAGCCAAGCCCUGCCCAGACCACGGGAAGGGGCCCCAGGGCUCAGAAGUAAAGCAUGAGGCCAGUCUGGGCACUUCUCUGCCAGCCCAGCAAGGGGCGAAGGUGCCCAGGGCAGGGGGAGGCUGCCUGGAUGAACUAGAGCAGGGUGUGUGGGUGGCACUCGUGUGCUCUGCGGACAGGGCCCUAUAGACAGCUUGGGAGGGCAGAGCAGAGACCUCCCUCCUCAGAACUCUUCCUGUGUCCUUUAAGGAUUGGUUGCUCAGGGCAACCAUGGGGUUUUCUGGAGUUGUGAGGCCACCAGGCUGAAGUCAGCUCAGACCCGGCCUCCCGCUUAGGCCGGCCACAUGUCAGGGCCUCCAGCAGGGUGGAGGGCUGGGAAGAUGGGGGCUUCAGGGUCUUGCUGCAGGAGUAUUUCUAGGGGGAAGGAGGGAGCAGAGACCAAGUUCCAUGUGUGGGAUGGUCAGCACUGGCCAUCAGCCUGGGAGCGCACAUGGCGAAGCCCCCUUCUGGCAGUCUCUGUCAGGGAGCUGCCUGUCACGAGGAUCUCAAGGUGCGUCUGCCCUCGUCAGCCAAUCAUCCAUCACUGUGGAGCCAUAGGGGGACGAAGCCCCCAGUGGCCAGGCCACUCACUAUGCCACCCAUCUCGCUGACAGUACCAGAGAAACCACGGUUGAUGGUAUUGGUCAAGACUCAGCCCUUCAGGUGGCCUCUGUGCACCAGCUCUUUUGCCUCAGAGGGUCAGGAUUAGGACUGCUCACACCCAGAGACAGGCCCACAGGACAUGGCUCUGGGCUGGGAUCCCCGCUCUCUCAGUGUCCAGCUUGUCCCACCACUUGUUGGAGGGCCUCAGUUAUCCAUCUAUGAAAUAAGGACUCAGUCUUUGGCAGGCCCUCCAUGCUGGGUGUUAACCAAGAUGGCCACUGGGCCGAGAGAGGAAGUGGACGGCAGAGCCAUGUCUGCACCGAGCCAGCCUGCUUCUCAUGCUGAGCACGGACAUCUAGCAGCAGCCCGUGGUGUCCUGCUCAGACAGCUACCAGACGCUGUGCCCAAAAGGACAUAGGCUUUCCCACAGUCAGUUUGAAAUCUGCUAAGCCAGUUUGCAGUCUGUGGGCCAGGAAGCUGGGAGGAGUGACAGGCCUGGGGUGUGCCCCCUGGAGUUCUCCAUUGGCCCUGCAUCUCUCUGUGGCAUGCCAGUAGGCAUUCCAGCCAGGGAACCAGUCAGAACCCCUCCAUUCUGCCAAAAAGCUCUUAGGUGCCAGUCCAAUAACUGAACUCCCUCAGGAAACUCAGGCUUGAGGGCUUCCUCAGGGUGCCCUUGAAGGCUUAUUUUAUUUAUUUUGUUCAUUUAUUUAUUGAAGAAGCAGCCAAGGACAGUGAAAGAAUUCUGAGUGUCCCCAGAGUCUGGGAGUUCCAGUUCUGACUCCGCUGUUUGUAGCAUUGUGUGACCUUGGGAAAGUCACUUUUCCUUAUCUGUAAACUGAGGAACCUCAGUUUCCUCAUCUGUAAAACUAGAAAACAAUGCCUGGCUUGUUUAAUUCACAAGGAUGUGGAGGUGGAUCAGAUGAACACAAAGCUCUGUAAAUGAGUGAUGAUAUUUUUUAUGUCAAUAAAUUGUCAGGACAAGAA